GUAUGCUGGCGAGUCGCACGUUGACUUUGGUAAGUGGCUGACGCGCUUGUUUUUUCCACCGAUCGUGUAUGUGUACUCUCUUCGAAUUUUAUCGUUGUGCAAGUUUAAACAAAGGGAAUAUAAAGUGUCAUGGAAAUGCAGGUGUGCUCACGUGAGCCAAAACUAUCCUCACGAAGAAGACAAAGUUGAACGACUGCUUGAUUGUUGGAAUUAAAAGUGUGGUGUGUGCGUGGGAAGAAGAAAAAAAGUAAUAUACUAUACAAAGAGACAUGAAGAUGAGAGACUCGACUAUAAUCACGCACGCCGAUGUUUACGACGAGCUACCGAGUACUUCGACCAGUGACAAGUAAGUCCCAAGAGCAGCUUGCACUGCACUAUACAUAUAUGUAUACCCGCAGUUCGCAUUUCGUGAGUUUGCAAUUAGUUAUACUUCCUCAGUGUUUUUAUAUUUUACUUUUAUUUUACGCUACCGCAUCCACAAACCCCAUCCAAAACAACAAUAUCAAAAAUCCUUAAGCGACAGCACAGAGGCUCUCUUUGAUUGUCAGCUGAACGUGCGAAACUCGAUGAUAAAAUAAACAAACCGCGACGGCGACGUCUUUAAUUGCGAGAGACGAGCGCAUGGUGGUGCCGUGAGUGUCGGCGUCUGAGCGAGAUGCAUUAUCCACAUCACAACCCAUAGCACAAUUCCAACUACUGCGAGUACCAUCGAGUGUCGAAGAUACCGACGUUUAAAGUACGACAGCGCCAGUGGUACAACGCCAUAGGUCGCGCUAUGGGACUAAGCGAGAUACCCGAGCAGAUGGCAUCCUCGUAUUAUCCAACCCUAACGCGCGAGGAAAAAGCCCGAAUGCAUCCUUGCAGGAAGGCCAAGUGUGUUAUGAUGUCGACGGACACAUCACCGACGCUCACAGCAUCGUUACAAUCAGCAGGCUACGUCGAGCUGCCAGACGAGCCACGACCAGGCAAAAUAACACCCACAACGCCAACGACCAACACGACUAAUUCGUCACCGUCACCGCGGGCAGCAACGAGUCGUAGUAACGGUGGUAGCAGCAGUCACGAGGAAGAGGAAGUUAUCGAAGAAGCUGAGGUUCCAAUCGUGCGUACGACACUGCCAUCGCCAGAACCACGACCGUUAAUCGAACACAAUGGUUACAAGGAACACGACAGGUUGGACGGCGUUGCUAUGGCCAACAGCAAUGGACUGAAGAAGCCAGCUUUCCAAGAGCGACGUGACGUCGACGAAGACAGCUGCCUCAUCAAAUGCGUUUAUUUCACGCAGCAGUGCUGCGAGUGCGUGAUAGUCUGAUUCCCUCCCCCUUCAUUUUUUUUUAAGGAGUGAAAUCCGAAAUGAUAAAGUAAUGAACGACAAUGCCGAUGCUUUCUCCUUCAACUUUUUCUCUUCUCCGUUCCGCUGCGCCACGUGACGUUUGAUUAUUUUGAUAAUUGUGAAUUGCAUGCGUAAAGGGUAUUUUUUUUGAAAAUCACUGCGUCAUUUGUCAAAAUAAUCACAAAGACAGAACUCCGUAAGCGAGAAAAGAAUGCUCAGUGAAAUUAUAUAAGAAAAAAUCUUAAUAUUAGAUAUAUAUAUAUCUAACCGUAUGUAUGUAUGUAUAUAUAUAUACAUACAUAUCGGCUAUCGGCAAUAACAAAAGAAAUAAGAAAAUAAACCGAGAAGCCAGCUGUGAUCUUUCGCGGAAGUUGGCGGUAAAAUCAAACAUAUCAAAAGACACCACUUUAAGAGAAAAAUGAGCGGCACUGUUCACUGUCAAGGAUGAACAAAAUUGCAUUUCUUUUACGAUAGUCGAGAGAGAAAAGUAAUAGAUUUAACAAAUUUGUUCAAGUACAAUAUGUCUAAAUCGACAUGGAAAACAACAAAAUAUUUCAAUUGUAUUUUUGUAUUUAAAGCGUAAGGAAUAUUUUAAAAUCUUCCGGAUAUACUAAGUAUAUUUUAAAAAAUAUAGAGUGAACGUCGUAGAUCGAGGAUCAACGAUAAUAUUUACAAUAAUAAUGAGAAGAGAAAAAUCGCGAUGAGUGAUACAUGUCGAGAAGAUGCAAGCUUUGAUUUUUUUUGUAUACGUGAUGAUUUUGAAUUUUACAAUUAUUCACACUAUAUAGCAGUCCAAAGCUCGCAAGUAUAUUUUUUUCUACGCAUGAUUAUAUUAUACCUUUUUCUGCAAAGCUAUAUUAGAGAAAAAAAAAUGUCUUGUAGGGUGCAACAACAAACAGCUUUCGUCAGAGAAAAAGUAAAAUCUAUUGAUUCUCCAAUCUAUUGUAUAAGUGUACAGAAGUAAGUGACAAUUAAAGUGCAAUUUGUUUUACAAAA